AUGUCCCAAUCCACCGCGAUUCCCAGGAAGCAGGUGCGAGUCCGCGACCAUGGCUACGACAACUACAUGGAAGUCCAGAAGAAAACCCGGCGGGUUCUCAAAUUCCAGACCUUGAUUCUCCCCCAUCACAACCAGACCAUUCCAGUCUCCCGCCUCGACGGCCUCUCCCGCCGCCUCGGGUUCAAACAGUACGAGGCCGGCGCCUUCAUCCUCAAAUUCCCCCACAUCUUCGAAGUCUACGAGCACCCCGUCCAGCGGAUCCUCUACUGCCGCCUGACCCGCAAGGCCCUCGUCCAGAUCCGGGAAGAGAAGGAAGCCCUCCUCGCCCAAGUCCCCGACGCCGUGGUCCGAUUGAGGAAGCUGCUGAUGAUGUCUGGUACCCACCGCCUGCGAUUGGAGCACGUCCGGGUCGCCAGGUCAGAAUUCGGGUUACCCGAUGAUUUUGAAUACUCUGUAGUUCGUAAGCACCCUGAGUAUUUCCGAUUGGUUGAUGCCAAGGAGACUAGGAACAAGUACAUUGAGAUUUUGGAGAGGGAUCCCAAGUUAGCUGUUUGUGCGAUAGAGAGGGUUAGGGAGAGGGAAUACAGAACCAGAGGUUUGGAUGCUGAGGAUUCCAGAUUCUCAUUUCUCAUUGAUUUCCCACCAGGGUUCAAGAUAGGCAAGUAUUACAGAAUUGCGGUGUGGAAGUGGCAGAGGGUUCCUUAUUGGUCGCCUUAUGAGGAUAUCUCGGGUUAUGAUUUGAGGUCGAUCGAGGCUCAGAAGAGGAUGGAGAAGAGGGCGGUGGCCACGAUACACGAAUUGGUGUCGUUGACCGUGGAAAAGAAGAUUACUUUGGAGAGGAUCGCGCAUUUCAGGAUGGCGAUGAAUCUGCCCAAGAGGUUGAAGGAGUUCCUGCUUCAGCACCAGGGGAUAUUCUAUAUUUCGACUAGGGGGAAUCAGGGGAAGCUUCAUACUGUGUUUCUUAGGGAGGCUUAUAAAAGAGGGGAGUUGCUGGAACCGAAUGACUUGUAUUUGGCAAGGAGGAAGUUGGGAGACCUGGUGUUGAUGAGCCCUAGGAAGGCUAGAGUUGAUAGGGAGUUAGUCAGUUAUAGGAGGGAUGGAGACGAGGAUGAUAUGGAACGAGUUGGAAGAGUCUAUGUGGAAAAUGAGUUCAGAGGUGAGAGUUCUAAUGUGUUUGAUGGGAAGAAUGAAGGGGGUGAUUUGGUCUCCAAUUUGAGUAGUGACGAGGACGGGGUUUAUACAGAUGGUGAAGGAGAUGAUCCAGAGGAUGCUUGUGCAACUGAGUAA